AUGGUACUCGGAGCCGGUAUUGCCCUUUGGCUACGGGCUACAUUACACCGAGUUCAACGUAUCGUGGUUCAAAGCUGUACCAUCGCAGUUCUCCAUUUUGGAAAUUACCGAUCCCCUUUUACUACUAUUGAUCUGGAUGUAUCCAACAACGGCGGCAAGUCUACCGUGAUAUCUGACUAUGUUGCUCUGGCUUUUCUUUCAAGCACAGACGCCGGCUCAGAGCCAUACCCAUUGAGAUCUCUCGCCGCCUAUGGACGACUGUCGUCUAUUCAAGUUGGCGAGACGACGACAAUUUCCCUGACGAUACCCAUCUCAUCAAUCGCGCGUUCAGAUGUGAACGGCCACCAAGUCAUAUAUCCGGGAAACUACACACUUUCUGUCGAUAUUGACGGAAAGAUUCCUGUCAGCUUUGCCCUUACUGGAGACGCCGCAACCAUUGACAUGGUGCCCGAGCCACCCAUCAGCCCAGUCCCGUUGGCAUACGUUGCUUGCUACUCAGGGGCAACCAACAGCACCGCGGCGGGCACUGUUUCUCAGCUCGCUGAUAAUUCACCUCAAAUUUGCGCUGAUUACUGCAAUGCGUCGGGAUACAAGCUUUCAGGGACUCAAGAUCAGACGUGA